AUGACAUCUUACCCUUAUUUUGAAGACUUUAGACACAAGAGAGUACAUACUCCUACUGACUGGGAAUCUGCAGACCAUAAGCAGAAAAGGUGUGUUACUGACAGCGUCAUUAACGACAUGGCUGCCAUGUCACUCGAUAGCACUACUGCCGGCAAGUUCAGUCUUUCAUACCCAUCACUUUUUAAUACUGGUAUUGAUGAGGAGACCAAGUCAAUAAUUAGCCAAAUAUCUAUCCAACCUGUUCCUGGUGGAAUAGUCCAGCAAGUAAACAAUGUUGUUUCCAUACCAGACAUGGACGAGUACUUGUCACAGCAGGAUCUCUCAGAUGAUGAGAACGAUAUAAACAUUGAUUUGGAUAAUAAGGCUCUUGUGGAAGCAAAUGUUAACGGAUCUUUGCUGCUUAUGGAAAUGAGACCAGGCGAAAAAAAAUUAAGGAUCCCUGAAUUUGUUCUUAAUCCCCCUACAGAACUUGGUGAAGGACAGUCUUCAUUACCAUACAAGUAUUAUCUAGAAACGCUAGAAAAACCAGUUUUUCAUAGUAUUCAGGAGAAACCUUCUUCUGACCAGGAGAUCCGUGAAGAGCCAACAAAUAGUUAUAUGGAUAUUGACUAG